CCAUCUUGCAGAAGAAAGUGCAUCGUUCUCUAACGAGCUAAGGCCAAUCCGGCGACGUGCACUGUACCCUGAGUACAUCUAAAGUAAAACAGAUUAUAGAAAAAAACUAUGGCUUCUAACGAUGAAUUGGCAUGUGUUUAUGCGGCUCUCAUCCUCACCGAUGACCAAGUGGCCGUGACCGAAGAAAAGAUCAACACAAUCCUGAAGGCGUCUGGCGUGAGUGUGGAGCCAUUUUGGCCAGGACUCUUUGCCAAGGCUCUGGAUGGAAUUAACAUCAAGGAUCUGAUCAGUAAUGUGGGAAGCGGUGUCGGUGCGGCACCUGCUGCUGGAGGUGGUGCAGCUCCGGCAGAGGCUGGUGGUGCAGCAGACAAAGCUGAGGAAAAGAAAGAAGAAAAGAAAGAGGAGGAAGAAGAGUCUGACGAUGACAUGGGCUUUGGUCUGUUUGAUUAGAAGAAGUCGGAUGAUGAUUCCAAAGGUGAAAUAAAAAAAAGUGAAAACAUGCCCCUAAAAUACUUUGUUCUGU